AUGCACCAAUUCGUGGCUUUAGUACAAGGAUUGAUGGAUAAUAAGGAGCUGGAAUUCUUGAAUAUGUCGGAGCCUGGAAGAAGCAGAUGUGUGUGCCUCCGAAGAGGGGUCGACGAAGGACGUUUACAAGUCAACCACCCAGUGGUUAUCAUAUCACGUCCGAGAAUGAAUGAAGCUGGGGCACAAGUUGCUCCAAAAUUCGUGAUCCAAAAGCCCGUUGCUUUUCCUUAUAAAGAUAGCAAAAGGGUACCGUUGAACUAUAGCUGCAAUGUGACAUUCCCGGGAGAGGAGACCCCGAUUAAUGUAUCAGAGGAAGUUCAAGACGAAGGUUUUUAUACGCGCAGCGGAAGGCGUUAUACCCCAAAUACAAAAGUCGAGCAGGUUAAAGAAAAAUCAUUAGCAAUUGAGCAAAAGAAAGAGAAGCCGGCGGGACUUGAACCAACUGUUAAUGAAUCAGUGACUGAAAAAGAAGCCAAGGAAUUCUUAAAAUUCCUAAAGCACAGCGAAUAUAGUGUCGUAGAACAGUUGCACAAACAGCCAGCGGGCAUAUCGGUACUAGCCUUACUUUUAAGUUUCGAAACCCAUUGCAGCGCAUUGAUGAAGGUGCUGAAUGAAACUUAUGUUGCUAACGAUAUCUCCGUAAAUAAAUUAGACCGCUUAGUCAACAAUAUAAGUGCCGACAACUUCAUAUUCUUCAAUGACGAUGAGGUACAGCCAGGGGGCCGAGGAUCAACUAAAGCUUUGCACAUCACGACUCGCUGUAAAGGGUACACGUUACCAGGGGUAUUGAUUGACAAUAGGUCUGCAUUGAAUGUCCUACCCCUGUCUACACUGAUGAGAGCAUUUGAUGGCACGGAAAGGAAGGUAAUGGGGAGAAUUGAAAUACCCCUCUUAAUCGGGCCGAGCACAUACGAGGUAGAUUUCUUGGUCAUGGACAUUAAACCUUCGUAUAAUUGCCUAUUGGGGAGACCGUGGAUACACUCGGCGGGGGCAGUCCCUUCAACGCUGCAUCAAAAUUUGAAAUUAGUGACCAAAGUUCGGUUAGUAACAAUCAAUGCUGAAGAGGACAUCAUCGCGGCAAUAACCAGUGAUACCCCAUAUCUGGAGGCAAAUGAUGAAGCAAUCGAGUGCUCCUUUCGAUCUUUGGAGUUUGUGAAUACGACGUUCAUCAUCGAAGGAAAUAAGAUUCCAAUGCCCAGGUUAUCUGAGACUACAAGAAUGGGACUACGGCUAACUAUUGGAAAAGGGUCUCUACCGGGAAGAGGACUCGGGAGAUACCUCCAGGGAAGGAUUAAUGUACCAAUGAUGAAGGACAAACAAGACCAUUUUGGGUCUCCAGAUAUCAAUGAUGCGAGUGAUGUUGCUACUAAUUCAGAAUCUCCUUUUGAACGAGAUAUGUGUCUGAAGGGAUCCCAGGACUUUGAGGAUGACGGAGACUAUAUGCACGGGCUAAAUCUUGACAUUGUGGUACAGUGCUCCCCAUCAAAGAAGAAUGCAAGCCGCUUCAAAGAAAAGCUUUGA